AUGGCUACAGACACCAAGCAGUCUACAUGUGGCGUGGCAAUAUAUCAAAUUGUUCCUGGAACACCGCAUUAUUUGGGUUUGGUGAAUCACAUCCCCGAAACCUCUGGGCAAAUAGUGUAAGUCUAGCGUGAAACUAAAUUAUACAACAAUACUUUUAUAUUAAUACUUAUAUCAAGAGUAUUGUUUUAAUAUAAUUAUUGCCUGUGAAUACCGCGUGCAACGCCCCGCUGUUUAUAAUUUAAAUUUUAAUACUUGUCUUUAUCUUCGCAGGCAGAAGUAUCAGUAUUAUUGUGGCGGGAAAAGAACUUUAACAAAACGAGAAUUUGCCGUUGAUAUUCCUCUAUUUCUCCCAAUAUCAUUGGAAUUUCUUUGCCACGAAGGGGAUUGUCACAGAUGCCACACAGAUACCAGUUUCUGUGAUAGUGACAGGAGAAAGGUAUAUACAUAUCUGAUAAAUACCAAAAAAUGCAUGAUUUUCCUCGCCGAGUGCUGGGGUUUCGGUGGCGUAGUGGAAAGCGCGCUUGCAUGUCUAGAAAUCAAAACCCACUCGAUUUGAUCCCCUAAUCUCUUGACUAUUUUCUGAGUUUAAAAAGCUUAAUGAGAACAUAUUUCUCACAAACGCACAUAUAUUGUAUAUAUAGUACAUAUAUAGUACAUGCCUCGUGAAGGUAGCGCAGCAUUGAGGUAUUUCUAUAUAUACUGAUAUAAAUCAAAGUAUAAUAUUCCAAUCUAUCAAGCUUUUAUAAUUUGACGGGCAUGACAUUUUUUAAUGGUCAACACUAUUGUGGAGCAGUCAAGAGAUCUGAUGAGGCCUGAUAUCAGUAUGAUGGCCUGUGGGAACGAAAUUGUCCUGGCACUGGCCUUCAAAAAAGAGCACUGUCAACCCCUGCUGGAUAUAUCCCUUCUAGCUGCUUCUACGUCCAUCCCAAAUUCGUAUAAUCUGGUAAAAUCCCAGGAGCCCAAUUUAUGGCCUAUUAAAUGCGUUUUAUAUACGACGACGUUCAUAUAGAUCAAAUUUAUUAUAUAAUAUGUACACCAUUUUUGCAAUGCUCGUUAAUUUGUGAUUUAUCGUGAAUUUGCAUAGCCUCUGUAGGCAAAGUCGUCAAAAUUAAAUAAAACCCAUUGAGAGCCAUAAGUUGGGUCCUUUGUGGUAAAACAUUUCAUUGUAUAUAGCUAUAUUACCAUGUUCAAACAGUGCCUUUCAUGCGCUCAGUUUAAAAUAUGAAGGUGCAAAAUUGCCAAAACUUUAAAUGCUAAAUUGUAACUGGAAAUGCUAAAUUGGCAUUUCCAGAUUUUCGUUUUCUAAUAUUUUAUAACAAAAAUAAAAAUAUUUGACAGAUCCUGCUAUGCUUUCAUCUCAAUUUGCUGAAAGUCUAAGAACUGUCAAAUAUUACAUUGGUCAUUGUACAGUUUUAAAGUAUGCAUAUUAAAAUAUGUAUAUUUAAUACAUAUAAUGAUUAUAUUGAUUUUGAAAGUUGAGAGAGAAAAAAUAUCGUGCAAGGACACAGAGGCAAUAAAAAAAUAUCCUGCUUGUCUGAAGGACGGAAAAAAAUCGAGCAGUGUGGAAAAUGCACAAACCCCCAUCAAAAAUCUAAUGGUCCGGCCCUAAAGAUGGACAAAAUGUUAAAUACUUAGCCUUUGCUUUUUUGCUAAUUUUAGCAAAUUUAUUUUAUUAGGAACAAAAUGAGCAACUAUAAAGAGAAGAGGCGAACAAAGACCGAGGUUGUGGUGUGAGAAUUCCUAAUUCUUUUUAUCUUUUCCCUGUAUCAGAAUCUGAAAAAGUGGAUGAAAUUUCAACUCUAAAUGAAAGUAAGGCCACUGGACCUUUUAGUAUUCCCACCAAAAUUUUAAAGCUUCUAAAAUUUUUAAUCUCUAAACCACUGGAGAGUUAUUUAAUUUUUCAUUUUCUUCAGGUACGGUACCAAGCCAAUUUAAACUAGGCAGAGUACUUCCUGUCUUCAAAAAGGGAACUCAAACUUUGUGUGAAAAUUAUCGACCAAUUUCUUUACUAAGUAUUUUUAAUCGUAUUUUAGAAAGGUUAAUGUACAAAAGACUAAUUAGUUACUUUGAGAAGUUUAAUAUUCUUUACAGCAAACAGUUCGGAUUUCGAGAAAACACUCUAGAGAACAUGCUAUUUUUUCCAUUAUAGAUAAAAUCGAACAUGCUGUCGAGGAUAGAAAAUUCUCAUGUGGCAUUUUCCUAGAUCUAAGCAAAGCAUUUGAUACUGUAAACCAUUCAAUCCUGCUACAAAAACUUGAGCAUUAUGACAUACGAGGAGUCGCAUAUGACUGGUUCGUUUCUUAUUUAACUGAACGUAAACAAUUUGUUUCAAUUGGUCAGAAAUGUUCAAGCCAUCUUAUUAAUCCAUGUGGAGUUCCUCAAGGUUCAGUUCUGGGUCCCUUGUUGUUUCUAUUGUACGUUAAUGAUAUUAGUCAAAGCUCUAAAAUUUUUUAUAUUCAUCUAUUUGCUGAUGACUCUAACCUUUUCUAUGCUAGUAAGAGUUUAUUGGAACUUGAAUCUUUAAUUAAUGCCGAACUCAAGCUAGUGGACAGCUGGCUAUGUUCUAAUAAACUCUCCAUAAAUAUAAGUAAAUCCAGUUUUGUGAUAUUUCAUCCUAACCAAAAAAGCCGCCAUUUUCGGUACAACUCACAAUCUGCGACCAAUCUAUUAAGGAAAUGAAAUUUAUCCAAUAUCUUGGAGUUAUCAUAGAUAGCAAUCUCAAAUGCAAAGAACAUGUUAAUUAUUUAACGAAAAAUAUUUCAAAAAUGUUGGACUGCUUUCUAAAGUAAGAUAUUUUGUUGAUCAAGCAAGUCUUGUUAGCCUAUAUUAUGCUCUAGUUUAUCCAUACUUUACCUAUUCUUUAAUUGCAUGGGGGCAUACUUACAAAACAAUUAUAGAUCCUUUAAUUGUACUACAAAAACGUGCCAUACGAAUCAUCACAUUCUCAUCCUACUGUGACCAUAGUAGUCCUCUCUUUAAAUGUUUAAAUCUCAUCAAAUUACAAGAUCUAGUCAAUAUUUGCACUGCUGUUCUUAUGUUUAAGUUUCACAACUCUCUCCCGCCUUCUACAUUUAACCUCUUUUUUGUGCCUGUUGACCAAUUACAUAAUUAUAGUACAUGGUUAUCAUCUAACCAAUCUUAUUCUCUUCCUAAACCAAGAACAAAUUAUAGUAUGUUUAAUAUUAGAUUUCAAGGGCUUAAAAUAUGGAAUUCUAUUGAUAGUAAAAUCAAGACCUCAUCUCUGGCUUUUCUAAAAAAAAAAAAUUUUCAUUUAUCGAAAGCUACUAAACGAUAGUAGCUUGUGCACACUUUAUUAUUAAUUAACUUAAAAAUUGUUUCUCUAUUUGUGUAUUUGUGUUUUCGUGUUUUUUUGUUUUUUGUUGAGUUAGUAUUCUGUACACUAUUCCGACUGACCGAAAAAACUUAUUUACUAGUCCAAGGACUUUUAUUGUCUCUGAGUAUUUGGUUGCCUAGCUUGGUAUGCCCGUAUGGUUUUUCUAGGUUUUUACCAAUACCAACCUAGUCAAUCUAAAAAAAACCCAACAUAUGUAUGUGUGUGUAUGUGUAUGUAUAUAUGCGUAUAUGCAUAUAAUGUAUGCAUAUAUAUAUAUGCAUAUUGUAAAUAAUUUUUAUGGUUGGAAUAAAAAUUGUUGUUGUUGUUGUUGACUGUCAGUAAAGGGGAGACGCAUUUUCAAUCAGUUGGUAGACAUCGAAGGUGUAGAAUGGGAUUGGUCGACGCGAAAUAAAAAGUAGUAUGCAGCACAUGCUACCAUGAAGAUACAUUUCAACGGCAACACGGGAAAACGAAAUCUCAUAUAGGCAGGUGAAACAAUCUGAAAUCAAUAUCGUUUCAAAACAUAGUGUUGGUUGAUACAAGCGUUAAAAGGCUGCUUUCCAGAGAAGCGUUUUUCAUACGUGCGUGUACAGCAAAUUCGAUUAAUGAAUUUAUGUUGGCAGACAACUUUCUGCAUGCAACGUUAAAAAGUUCAAAAAUCCAAUAAAUUCUGGAGAGUUUGCUUUAGAAUUGGAUUAGACGUGCGAAAAAACUACGAAGUAGGUGAAACUAUGGGAAUUCGUAAAUUAUAAAUCGUUUUUGGGCGCCAUACCAAAACGGCUGGUGGGACGUAGCAAUCGUGACUAUGCCGUAUCGUAAGUAUGAGUUACAUAUUAAUGCGCUGGAAAGUAUUGUUCAAAAUCCCGCUUACUAUAUUUGGAAAUAUAAUAUGGAUUAUAGUUAAAAAUAGUUAAAAUGCAAUUUUCAUACUAAUUGCAUUCUUCUUACCGUGGAUACAGUAUCGAAAUAAUAUGGAUAUACUAUGGAUUUAGUGAUGCAAUUACAAAUUCUAUAAUAUGUAUUUCCAUAAUAUUUUAUCCAGUGUUGUAUUCAAAUCUAUUUAUCCAACUUGCGCUUCGCGUUGCAGAGGCCAAGACUUUAAAUCCGUUCAAAAAUAACAUAUGAAAUAACUAAAUGAAUAAAAGGACAGAAUUUAGUUUUGCCUCAGAAAUAAUUUGCGUUUGAGAAAUUCGUAGCAGUGUAUAAUUUGGAAAGGUUUGAAGAAGCUGUCAUGUUUCUGCUUUAUUAAUUUCUUUUGAAAUCAAUUGUUUUUAUGGUAUGUGAACACGAAUAUACGAAUAUCCCCCCCCCAAUUAUCGUUCUGGCUACGCCACUAGCGCGUGUUUUGUUUACGAUCUGUGUACAUUUUUUGUUUGAAACAAUAGAUAAUUUAAUUAAAAUUCCGAUCUGUGGACUCACUUGUUUGAAACAAAAAAUGUAAACAAAACACGCGCAUGAGCAAACGGACUUGACAGCCUCAUUUAUACUUUUCUAUGUGUACACUCGAUAUAGUUUUUUAAAAAUGUAAAAUUCACAAUUUAGAUCAGUAAUUUUGGACAAUUAUUAAUUGUUGAAAAACAAAAAGUACCUUAUUGAUGUACAACGACAUAUAAACCAGGGCCGUCGCUAUACGGUGUAUGUGUGGGGUGUGACACCCCACUGACAACAUCUUGUCGGCAAAAUAACGGAUUUAUCGGCAAAUUGUUUUCGUAGUUAUCAAAAAUAUUCGAGUGGCUCUAUAACAAACAUACUUGCAAACGUACUCACCGAACUUGCAAGUACGUUUGGUUUUUAUCCCAUACACCGAAUCAUACACACAAUUGUAGCUGCUCGCGAUAUAUUCGUCGAUGUUUUGUCAACAUUUUUCCGGCCAAAAAAAUCACUGGGCAAGAAAAUAAUUCUUUAUCUACAUCUAGAUUACCUUCAUUGCAUUUUUUCUUUGGUUUUUCUUCAGUCUCAGUAUGUUAGUCACCGAAAAACUUUCUCUAAAGUUUUGGUUUAUCGGCUAAAUCUUGUCCGCCAUAUUUGUUAUUGUUAUUGCAACGUGAGUAGUUUCGCGGGUGAGUUCGGCGAAAAGCAAGUGAGUUCGGGCAAAAGCAGGUGAGCUUGACGACAAGCUCACCUGCUCUAGACCAAUCAGAAAGCCGCUUUUAACACAGGUAUGGGAUAAGGAUUGGAAAGUUAUAGUAAGUUGUAGCAAAAAUUUUGAUAAAUUGAUGGAAAUAUUAGCGAAAAAUUUAACAAAUUGCGGUACAUUAUUUAGAAAGGUAGUAAAAAAUGGUAUGUGCGCAAAUUUUUACCCCACCCCCUCCCCGCAAUAAUCACAUUUAAAUGAUUUGAAACAGUUUGGAUCUGUAGCAUUUUUUUAAAUUGUCAAAAUAAUCGAGUAUACUUAAAAGAAAUCAUUUUAUACAAUAGAGCAAUUAAUUUUGGGAGUCGCCCAUGUCGUUUACGUGUCAAAUACACCUUGGUAUCAGUGAUCAUAGUCUUGUUUAUCUGUUUCGAAAGCUCAGCAUUCCUAAGGCGCCACCAAAAACUGUCUUUACUAGACAUUAUAAAAAUUAUAAUGUUAACCAGUUUAACAACGAUCUAAGUGAGGUUUUUAGUUUGCCCUUGGAUUCAGCUAUUUUAACUGACCCAAAUGCCUUAUGGAACGAUUUUAAAAAUAAGUUUUUGAGCGUCGCAGAUAAACAUGCACCAAUCAGACAACGUCGUGUCAAGAGUGAAUAUAAACCGUGGCUGACAAAUGAAAUUAAGCAAAUGAGCUAUCGUAGGGAUUACCGUAAAAAGCAAUCGAUCAAAUUAAGAUCUGCGUAUUAUGAUAAGGCUUACAAGAGAUGUAAAAACAAGUUAAAUAAUCUCAUAAAAGAAACUAAACAAGAAUACUUUAGAGAUAAACUAAGCAAUGCUAAAAAUAGCAAAGAAAGUUGGCGAACUAUUAACGAAUUAUUAAACAAAAAGCCUAAAACUUUAGAGGUUAAAGAACUAGAUAUAAAUGGCCAACUUAUUACUGACGAUGAUAAAAUUGCAGAUGCCUUCAAUCAAUAUUUUUCCACAAUUGGCAGUACGUUGUCUGACAAGAUCACAGGUAACUGCACUGAUCCAAUGAACUUUGUGACUCCUCUUGAUGGUAGUAUAUUCAACUUUACAAGCAUUACACUCCAAGAAACAAUAGAUGCACUCAAUGAAAUUAAAACUAAGAAAUCUCCAGGGCUUGAUGGUAUUAGUAUAAGGUUACUAAAAGAUGCAUCUAACAUUGUGCCAGGACCACUAGUGAACAUAUUCAAUGUAUCCCUUCAAAGAGCAGUUUUCCCUAAUGAUUGGAAAUUAGCAAAGGUGACCCCCAUAUUUAAAGAAGGAAAUAAGGCAGACUGUUAAAAUUAUAGGCCAAUAUCUGUUAUUUCAGCUGUCGAAAAACUGGUAUACCUGCAGCUAAGUUCAUUCUUGAGGUUGAAUGGCAUUCUUGUGGAACAGCAGUCUGGCUUCCGUCAUCAACAUUCUACUGA